UAUAUACAUAAAUCAGGCGCCGCCGCCGCUGUGAGAGGCUGUGUAGGCAGACAGGAGGCACACAUGCACACCGCACCGCCGCGGCUCAUCGCCGCCACUGCAGCCGGAGUGCAGCGGAGCAGACUCGGAGACAGAAUGGCCUGAGCUUAGCUCGACUCGAUCGCCUGAUGCGGCGAUGCUCCUCUGACCGCCGUCCGCCUGUCCGUGCGCGUCCGCCCGUCUGGCCGCGCAUUGCUGCAGUGCUGUUUUUUCCAGGUGUUGUGUGCGCGUGAGUGCGAGUUUGUGUGCGUGCGCGUGUUGUACAGCCUGGUGUAAUUCUCUUACGGAUUGUACUGAGCCGGGGAACAGGAGUCUGAUGUCACAUGUGCUUCAUCGGAGGAGACGGGGCAUCUGCGAGCCGGAUUUUGUGGAGGAUGCUGCGGCAAGUGAUACACAGAGGGCUCAAGGCUUCCUUCUACUGGCUCGGCUUAUUCGUUAGCAGGCACCCCGUCUUCUUCCUCACCGUCCCCGCGGUGCUCACCAUCAUCUUCGGAUCCACAGUGCUGAGCCGAUUCAAGCCCGAGCGGGACCUGGAGGUGCUGGUCGCCCCGACACACAGCCUGGCCAAGAUCGAGCGCAGCCUUGCCAACAGCCUGUUUCCCAUCGACCAGUCCAAGCACAAGCUGUACUCGGAUCUGCACACGCCGGGCAGAUAUGGCAGGCUGAUCCUGCUGGCCAGGUCCGGGGGCAACAUUUUGGAGCUGGCCGACCAGGUCCUACAGGUCCACAAGCAGGUGCUGGCGCUGCGCGUCACCUACAAGGGGUUCAACUACACGUUCGCGCACCUGUGCGUGCUGAGCCACAGGGACAAGCGCUGCCUCCUGGAUGAUAUCAUCACCAUCUUCGAGGACAUCCAGCAGGCUGUCCUCUCCAACAGCACUUUCCACAAGGUGCCCCUGAGCUACCCGAACACCACUCUAAAGGAUGGACGCGUGUCCUUCAUUGGACACCAGCUUGGAGGGGUGUCCUUCUUACCCAACAGCCGGGACCAGCAAGUCAAGUUUGCCCGGGCCAUUCAGAUCACAUACUACCUCCGUAACCACGGCCCCGUGGUGCAGGAUAUCAUCGCAGAGCGUUGGGAGAACGAGUUCUGUGCUCUGGUUACCAGGCUGUCCACAGCCGAGGCACCGCACCCAACAGACCAGCUCCACAUCCAGUCGCUCACUUCCUUCAGCCUGUGGCGGGACUUCCACCAGACCGGCAUGCUGUCCAAAGGAGAGGUGCUGGUCAGUCUGGUUCUGGUGCUUCUUGCUGCUACCAUCUCCAGCUCCAUGCGGGACUGCCUGAGGGGGAAGCCUUUCCUCGGCCUCCUGGGCGUACUGACCAUUUGCAUCGCUAAUGUGACAGCUGCAGGAAUCUUCUUCAUAUCAGACGGGAAGUUCAAUUCCACACUGCUGGGGAUCCCAUUCUUUGCCAUGGGUCAUGGAACCAAAGGGGUGUUUGAACUUCUGGCUGGCUGGAGGAGAACAAGGGAAAACCUGCCCUUCAAGGAGCGCGUGGCCGAUGCCUUUGCGGAUGUGAUGGUGUGCUACACCAUGACCAGUUCACUCUACAUCAUCACCUUCGGCAUGGGAGCUAGCCCUUUCACCAACAUUGAGUCUGUUAAAAUCUUCUGCCAGAGCAUGUGUGUGGCCAUCCUGGUCAACUACUUCUAUGUUUUCUCUUUUUAUGGCUCCUGCCUGGUGUUUGCUGGACAGCUGGAGCAGAACCGUUACCACAGUGUUUUCUGUUGUAAGAUCCCCUCAGUGGAAUACUUAGACCGCCAGCCAACAUGGUUUAAAUCCAUGAUGAGUGACGGCCAUGACCUGUCCACGCACCACGACAGUGUGCCAUACCAAAAUCACUUCAUCCAGCACUUCCUGCGUGAGCAUUACACUGAGUGGAUUACCAACACUUAUGUGAAACCUUUUGUAGUUAUUCUUUAUCUCAUCUAUGCUUCUUUUUCAUUCAUGGGAUGUUUACAAAUUAGUGAUGGAUCUAAUAUAGUGAACCUGCUGGCCAGUAACUCACCGAGCGUUUCCUACGCUGUGACCCAGCAGAAGUACUUCAGUAAUUACAGUCCAGUGAUCGGGUUUUACAUCUACGAGCCCAUUGAGUACUGGAACUCCACUGUGCAGGAGCACCUCAAGACUCUUAGUCAUGGCUUCAACAAGAUCUCCUGGAUGGACAACUUUUUCCACUAUCUCCGGGUAGUGAAUGUCAGCGCAUCAACCAAGAGUGACUUCAUUAAUAUCCUGAAGGGUUCUUUCCUGCGCAGCCCGGAGUACCAGCAUUUUACCGAGGACAUUAUCUUCUCUAAAAACCGUGAGACUGACGAGUACGAUAUUAUCGCCUCACGGAUGUACUUGGUAGCACGGACCACAGAGAAGAAAAGGGAGGAGGUGGUAGAGCUCUUGGAAAAACUUCGCCCAUUGAUGCUGAUCAACAGCAUCAAAUUCAUUGCCUUCAAUCCCACGUUUGUUUUUAUGGACCGUUACAGUUCCUCUGUCAUCUCACCUAUCCUGACCUCAGGCUUCAGCGUACUCACCAUCCUUAUCCUUACGUUCUUCCUGGUCAUUAACCCUUUGGGAAACUUCUGGCUCAUUCUCACGGUUACAUCCGUGGAGCUGGGCGUCUUUGGUUUGAUGACCCUCUGGAACGUCGGCAUGGACAGCAUCUCAAUCCUGUGCCUUAUUUAUACUCUCAACUUUGCUAUGGAUCACUGUGCACCACACCUGUACACUUUUGUGUUGGCCACUGAGCACACGAGGACACAGUGCAUCAAGCUGGCAUUGGAGGAGCACGGGGCAGCCAUCCUGCAGAACACAUCCUGCUUUGUGAUUGGGAUCAUGCCUCUAGUCUUUGUGCCUUCCAAUUUGACCUACACGCUGUUCAAGUGCUCCCUACUCACGGCAGGCUGUACGUUGCUGCACUGUUUUGUUAUCCUGCCCGUCUUCUUGACUUUCUUUCCGCCGUCCAAAAAGAGGCACAAGAAAAAAAAGCGGGCAAAGCGGAAAGAGCGGGAAAGGGAGCGGGAGAGGGAGAGGGAAAGGGAGGAGAUAGAGUGCAUUGAAGUCAGGGAAAAUCCUGAUCAUGUGACAAACGUUUGAGUAGUCAUUGACAUCAGUGAUCAGUAGCCGUAGGUUACUGGUAGACUCUCAGAUGCUGAGGCAUCUCUUAAGAUGCAGGGAGCGUAUAGUGUCCGCCAUGGAGUGGUCGCUCCCAAACAACAGCAGCUAAGCCGACAGAGGUCGAGUGCAGCCCCACUGGUCAAUCAUUCAGUCCCUAAGUCUGAACAGUGUGUCUCAUUAGCACAAACUGGUUACUUAAGCUUUUCCCAACUCUUAGAAAUAUAAAAAAUUUAGUUGCCAAAACUUGCCUGUUAAAUCUUCAAAAAGAAACUCUAAACCCAUAGGAGUAAAUGUCGGUUUUGAUGUUAACAGUUGUGUGUUCACCUCCUGAAAUCAUCUCUCAAAAGAAGUGAAUGUUGGUCAUAGAGGUUCCUUAAGGGGCAGACACUCAGGCAUGUCAGUGAAAACCAGCAAGAUUGAUAAGUUAGCAGAUAAAACAGGCAAAAACAACUCUGCACACCUUACUUUUACCACCUCAGUAUCAACAAAAGACAAAACCAAAUCAAGUAGAGCAAGAAAAAUACAGUAUGCCGAAAGCCCACUGCAUGCUUUUCUGUAGCAUCCAAAAUAGCUCAACAGCUGAACCUGGCAGAUGGCUUACACUGUUUCCAUUACAAAUAACUAUCUUGCACAUCAUAUUGUAAAGAUAGAAUUGUCAAGGUUUAGUAAAAACCGAGGAGAACAUUUCUGUUUGUUCCAGCGUUUGUAGAAACUCUUAAGCAGGGGCAGAAAAUAAGCUGCGGAGCUGCAGAGGGGGAGAUCCUGUGGGGAGUGAAUGCUGUGCAGCAGAAUCUCAACGGCAAUAAGCCUAAUUCUAACACCAUUACUAUGCUGCUGUGCAUUGAAAAAGUUAAACCAAAACGCUGGCAUAUUAUGUUGAAGUUUUCAGCAGAUCAAUCAUAACAGAAACUUUCAGUUAGUACAUAAUUGUCUCUGUGUGCCCUUACAAGGUGUUUGUCAGGUUCAUUUCCUAUUAGUGUUGCCAAAUAGUAUACAGCAGCAUUUGUUUCCUUGUUUUCUAUUAAAACAAAGUCUCAGUGAGUUUUAAUCUUUAUAAAUAAACAACCAUGAGUCAAACAUUCCUUCAUCCCAAACCGUGUGCUGUUUAUUGGAAAUGAGGAUGAUGCUGGUUUUACAUUAAAAAAGGAGGCCAGCAAAUAAGUAUCACAGAGUAGUGUGAAGAAAAAAAAGAAGUUAAAGUAAAAUUCCAAACAACAAAAUGCAAAUUAGAAAAACAUACCCUUAAUUCUUUGGCGGGUUGUUACUUACAGAUGUCUUAAUGUAACAAGUAGUUUUCAUUAACACAUAAUUAUUAUUAUUAUUUUUUUUACUUUUACAUCAAAACUCAUUUAAUUCUUUCCACUGGCAAAAAAAGAAUAAAAAUUACAAGAUGUUGGGCUAGUUUUAGACUUUUGAUCCGGUUAAAUUUAAGCACCCUAUAUUUCAAUAUCUAAACAAUAUACAGAAGCAGGCUAGCUAGUAAGAACAACAGAGCUUUAUCUUGUGUUCUGGCAGAGAAUAAAUAAAAAAAGGACAGUGACAAGUUUGUCUUUUAUCAAUUAUGUUUUUAUUAUAUGAAAUGUUGUUUUCUUUCUACUGCACAUACAUUAGGUUCAUGGGAUAGACAAAUAAUAGUAUGAUAGCCCUAAGUAAAAAUAGCUGGGUUUCAGGUCAACAAGAUGGUAACAUACAAAUUUAUAACAAAAAUGUCUUACAUGAACUGAUUGAAUUCACUUAAAACAUAAAUGCUUCAACUAUUCCUAUUGCUGCUAAAGUAAUACUACUGACAAUAUUAUGCUUAUGCUCAUGCUAAUGCUAUAAUAAUUAUCAUUUGGAGUCAAAAGCAUUAACGUCAAAAGCUUCAACAUAGGAUAAGCUCCUCCUGCUACAUUUCUUAGAAGUUGUUAUGUUUGGUGUAGAAUAUGAGUGAUGGGUGGUGCUUCUGUCUGUUUUUCACUACUGGAAAUGUUUCAAAAUAGCCAAAUAGACAUUUUUUAUAAGCGAAUGCUGACCCUGAAAUUGUCUGGAUAGUAUAGCAACAACUUGAACUAAAGUACAACAGUUUAAAGGUACUACAGUAUUAAAAAACAAGCAUUGGAAAAAGCAUAAUACUGUGUGAUCUAAUUGAAUUAUUUUUAAAAAAGAACGAGAAUGUAUCUGUAGAUUGCCGACCGAUUGUUUGUUUUUUUCUAAGUGGAAACCCUUAAAUAAACUGGUGACCUAGCGGCAGGGGGCUUGCUUUACUUCGGAGAUGCUAGUUCUUGUAGCCUGUUGCUAACGUUAAUUUCACAAUUCUUAAGAAAAACACUGAUGGAUGGUCCUCCAUUGGUUUCAAACUUUAAAUGUUCCUGACCUGUUCCUGACAGGCUUUGUCCUGUCGUUAAAUGAAGGAAUACAUUUUAUGUGGAGGCGCUAUUCUAAACCCCAAACGAGUGAAGAUAACUCUGAUUUCUCCAGCAGUUUGGCUUCUCAUUUACCAGAAUUUUAACCCCAGGAAAAUGACGCAACAUUUUGGUAGUUUUCAAACCAUGAUUUUUUUAAAGCAAUGGAGUACUUGAUUGUGGAACCUGGCGUCUGUUUAGCAGCAGUUGAGUCGUCUUUGUUGUAAAACGUCAAAUUAUACACCAUAAAUAAGAAUUAGGUUGACCUCUACAAAUACUGUACCAGUCCGGUAAAAUGGCUGCCUUUGCCUCACCGGGUAAACAGCAUUAUCUUCUUCUAUCACGGCCUGAUAACUGUCUGUGUCACACUCCCAGAACAAACACAGUCAAGGUCACCAGCCCUGACAGAUACCCAUCUCACAAUAACCUCUGUCAGGCUAGUCUUAGCUGGUGGCAUGUGAUAGAGGGGCCCCAUAUUUCCACAGAUAUAGCUGAAUAUAGGCCAGUCAGUAUCUUCUUAGAGGAUUACUCUGGUCGCACAAGGCUGGUUUUUAUUGCUGUCUGUCUUUGUACCAGCACCAACACACUGCAGCUGGGCUAAUAUCACAAUUUGACUCGUGGCUACAGUCUUUAUGCUGAGGCAAAUUUCAUUGUGAAAAAUGUGGUGUUUCACAAUAGAGUGAACAUAUGUAUUAUUAGCUAUAAAAUAUCCAAAUGUUACUGAGCCCACUUUUAUAUGUACUUUAACUUGACUUUCAAAAUUAGGCCUGUUGUACCCAUUUGCCGCAGCCGAUGCAUUGAAUGUCACAUACUGUAAAACCCAUGUCAUGUAUGUAUAGUGAGAUGGCAUGAAAUGUUUGAAUAAUGGUACUGAAAUGCAAAUCUUAAAUAAUUUACUUCCCAAAAAUUAACUAUGUUCGCAUGACAUUGUGUUGUAUGUAUGCAUGUAUUUCUUUUUUUUCUGUACGAAGUCUCCGUAUUUUUAGAAGUUCCUUUACCUGAGCUGUAGUGACUUCUGUUUGUUGUUGCGAUGCAUAUUCUGUGACAUCUUGUGCUGCAAAAGAACAAAAUGAGUCAUAUCUGUUCCAAAACAAAAGCCAGAGGACAUUUGAAGUGUAAAAUAACUGUAAAUUGCUCUUUUUAAUAUUUUUUUUUAUAAAAGGUAUAAUACAGAAAGAUUUUUAA